CUUUCCUUGCGGUGGCUUUACCAUCGGUAUGUAUGUUUCUCACAUGGUUUCCGAUGCAACUACUUUGUCUUCCUUCCUAAAAGAUUGGGCUGCUACUACAUGUAAAUUACCUGCCAAACACCCUUAUUUGAACGUAGAAUCCAUUUUUCCACAAUAUACUGCAUUUCCAAGAGAGGCGAGUCCUGUAAGUAUGUAUGCCCCUUUUUUCAAAAAAGGUAAGUACAUAACUAAGAGGAUUGUGUUUAACGAAUCUGCCAUUGCCAAUCUUAAAGCAAAAGUAAGUUCGGACAAUAUUAAUAACCCUACACGCGUUGAGGUUGUCACCCGAGUGGAGGUCGUCACUGCAAUUCUCAGCAAGUGCCUUAUGGCUUCUUUCAAAAAUAAAACAGGUAUCGAUACAGCACUUGCAGUAAACCAUACUGUGAAUUUGAGAGGCAAAGGGGAGCCGCCAUUACCAGAAUGUUUAGUGGGGAACUUUUUAAGGAGUGUAGGUGCAGUAUUCACAAUGGAGGAGGAGUUGAGUGAGUUAGUGAGUCAACUAAGGAAAGCAAUAAAAAAGGUGGACAAUGAUUUCUUGAAGAAGAUAAAAAAUGGAGGUGAAGAUGGUUUCUCCAAGUAUUUUGACGUUCUGAAAGAGAUAGGGGAUUUGUUUACUAGUCCAAUAUAUGGCAGUGGAGCAAUGGAGCUAGCUAUCUAUAGCAGUUGGUGUAACUUUGGUUUAUAUGAUAUUGAUUUUGGUUGGGGAAAGCCGAUAUGGGCAUCUUGUUUUGUUGCAUAUAUGGAGGAUUCAGAUAUGCCUUAUGUCAAUAUGAUUUUCUUCAUGGAUACAAGAACAGGUAAAGGAAUAGAAGCUUGGGUGUCGAUGGGAGAAGAUGACUUUGAUUUUGUAGAGAAAGAUGCAGAGCUUCUUCAAUAUGCUUCAAUUGAUCCAUCUGCAAUUUAUUAUUAAUUUUCAUCCAUUAUAAGUAAUUAAGUAUUGCUCUUUUUAUAUAUUUGUUUUC